AUGAGCAGCUACUUCCGCGUCACCCUGGUCCGAUCGGCCAUCGGUCUCCCUCGUCGCUCCUCGGACGUCCUGAAAGCCCUCGGUCUGAAGAAGCGCAUGGCCACCGUCUUCCACCCCGUGUCGCCGUCCGUCGCCGGUCAAAUCAUGAAAGUCAAGGAACUGGUGCAGGUCCAGGAGGUCGAUCGCAGUUUGACGAAGCAAGAGGUGCAUUUGGAGCGCAAGCCCGACCCGGGAUACUACAUUGAGAGGACUUCGGUGGCGGAGUUCAAGGAGAACACCAGCGCUUGA